AUGCGCACCUCUCCAAAUAUCAUCAUCACCGGCACUCCCGGCGUGGGAAAGACCGUCCACUGCGAACAACUCGCGCAAGAGAUCGGCCUGAAGCACCUGUCCAUUAACCAGGCCGCAAAGGACCGUGGAUGUUUCGAUGAAUAUGACGAGGAAUUGAAGACCUGGGUGGUUGACGAGGAUAAGCUCCUCGAUGCCCUCGAAGACGAAAUUCCCAAUGGCGGCUACUUAAUCGACUGGCAUGCCUGCGAUCUUUUCCCCAAGUCCUGGAUCGAUCUCGUCGUUGUCCUCCGCUGCCCCACUACAGAUGUUCUAUACGACCGCCUUUCCUCACGGGGCUACCACGAGAAAAAGCUAGAAGAGAACGUCGACGCAGAAAUCUUCGGUGUCCUAUCAGACGAAGCACGGGAGGCAUUCGACGAGGAGAUCGUGGUAGAAUUGAACAGCGAGCAGGAUUCAGAUGUGGACUCAAACUGCCAGAGAAUCGCACAAUGGGUCGAUUCAUGGAAGCAGUCGCACGCGGAGAAUGCGGAUUGA